GCCGCCGCGGCGGGGAUUAGGCUCCGUCCCGCCCGGCUGCCAUGCGGGGCGGCGGGGCCCGGCGGGCGGCAGGCGGGCGGCGGGAGCGGAGCCACCGGAGCUCUCCAGGGUGCUGAGCCGAUUCUGAGCGCCUCCUUCGGCAGCAUGAUCCGGCCGCGGUACCUCCGCGCGGUCGUCUCUGGGUUUUACCUGUGGGAAGCCGCGGUUCUGCUCAGCUUGGUAGCCACAAAAGAAACAGACAGUGCAAGAUCUCGUAGCAUGCCAAUGUCGCCAUCUGAUUUCCUGGAUAAGCUAAUGGGCAGGAUGUCGGGCUACGAUGCAAGGAUAAGACCAAAUUUCAAAGGUCCUCCAGUUAACGUCACAUGCAACAUAUUUAUAAACAGCUUUGGAUCCAUUGCAGAGACAACCAUGGAUUACCGAGUGAACAUCUUUCUCCGCCAGAAUUGGAAUGAUCCACGUCUUGCGUACAGUGAAUAUCCAGAUGACUCUUUAGACUUAGAUCCAUCCAUGUUGGAUUCAAUUUGGAAACCUGAUUUGUUCUUUGCUAAUGAAAAAGGUGCCAACUUUCAUGAAGUUACAACAGAUAAUAAGUUGCUGAGAAUUUUCAAAAAUGGAAAUGUACUUUAUUCUAUCAGAUUGACUUUAAUACUGUCCUGUCCAAUGGAUCUCAAAAAUUUUCCAAUGGAUGUGCAAACAUGUAUAAUGCAGCUGGAAAGCUUUGGAUACACAAUGAAUGAUCUCAUUUUUGAAUGGCAAGAAAAGGGAGCAGUGCAAGUAGCAGAAGGUCUCACUCUGCCACAGUUUCUCUUGAAAGAAGAAAAGGAUUUAUGUUACUGCACCAAGCAUUAUAAUACAGGAAAGUUUACAUGCAUUGAAGUCCGAUUUCACCUUGAGAGGCAGAUGGGUUACUAUCUCAUCCAGAUGUACAUACCAAGUCUGUUGAUCGUCAUUCUCUCCUGGGUGUCAUUUUGGAUCAAUAUGGAUGCAGCUCCAGCCAGAGUGGCUUUAGGCAUAACAACUGUACUGACCAUGACAACACAAAGCUCAGGUUCACGAGCAUCGCUUCCAAAGGUAUCAUAUGUCAAAGCAAUUGACAUCUGGAUGGCUGUGUGUCUGCUCUUUGUAUUUUCUGCACUUUUAGAAUAUGCAGCUGUAAACUUUGUGUCAAGGCAACAUAAAGAACUCCUGCGAUUCCGACGGAAGAGGAAGAAGAACAAGUAUUUUGAGGGAGUUCUUGAUGGAAAUGAAAUCAAUGAAUCAUUACAGCAUAGCAAUGGCUUGAGAUGUGCAGGACCUAUAGACGGGACUUUGCCUCAAAUCUACAGUACAAAUUUAAGGGAUGAUGACGUACGGGAAAGCCAAUUCAGUUUUACAGCAGCAUAUGGAGUGGGGCCAUGUCUGCAAGCAAAAGAUGGAGUGACACAGAAGGGGCCUAAUAAUCCUGCUCAAACUGCACCAAAGAGCCCCGACGAGAUGAGAAAGGUAUUCAUCGACCGAGCCAAGAAGAUAGACACAAUUUCCAGAGCUUGUUUCCCAUUAGCCUUUCUGAUUUUCAAUAUUUUUUACUGGGUAAUUUACAAAAUCAUUAGGCAUGAAGACAUUCACCAAUAACAAGAUUAAGGUUUGCAGUCCAUACAGAUCCUGCCAUGACCAACAGGAGGCCUUCUGUUAGAAAUGUGUAAGUCAGGAGCAAUUGGGAAACCUAAAAACACUGGAUGGGGGGAAAGAUCAUGCAUGGAUUGCAAUACCCAGCCAGAGUGGAAUGGAAGACUGACAGCAGAGAAGAUACAUCUGCUGCUGCAAACAUUCUGUGUCAAAUUAAACAUUAACAACUUAUUAUAAAUCUCUCUCUACUGAAGCGUGUUUAUACUUACUGUUACAUAGUGGUAUAAUUGUACUCUUUGAUGUUCCUUACUUUUUUUCUUUUUUUUUUUUUUUUUUUUAAUUCUGGUGCAUAAAAAAAAAAAAAAAAAAAAAAAAAAAAAAAAACAGAAAGAAAUAUCCAGCAUACUCUAGGUAAAAUCCCACCUUUAUUUUAAUUUUAAAACAUAAUGAAACAUUAGUUAUUUUAAUUUAGAUUUUUAAGGAUUUGUCUUAAGGACAGGACCUGAGGCACAGUUGGCACAUUUAACUUGUAUAAUUUAUUCAAUAAAUUUCAUAUUAUCAAUCCCCUGGAAAGUGUGUGUUGAAAUAAUCUCAGCCAGCACAAGGUAUUUACAGUUUGGUAGUCUGCUUAUCACACUGAAAAUAUAACAACAUUUGCAAAGUGUUGAUUCCUCUAAACGACUUUUUCUUUCUUGUAAUUACCUAAACUUUAAUAAUUGAAUCUUUUUUAAAUCCUUUUUAUAUAUUGUUUUUUUCUUAAUUGAUAAAACUCAUACAGCAUUAGAGAUAGGCAAACUACAUCAAAAUUUUGCAGUGCUUUAUAUUGAUGCAGUACAAAGAGAUCUUGAACCAAAACUAAAAGCAAAUAAUCAACUGUUUCAACAUAUAUUGAUGAAAUGAAAUAUUAGGAGGAUGGGUACCCCUCUGUUUAUCGAUAUAGAUUUCCUACGUGUUAUAUAUGUCAUAAGAGGUUGAAUUUAAGAGUGCAUCAAGUUUUCUGUAGCAUUCUUUGAAGUAUACUUAUAUGAUUUAGAUAUUGGUUAAGAAGUACUUAGAAAAAUGUGACUCUUCUGAAAUAUGAAAAAGGAUCUGAAUGGUAUUUCACAUUUAUUGCACUUCAUAUAAUAAAUAGGAUAAAAACUGUUAGAACUCAGAGGCAUUUUCCCUCUUUAUUAUUAAAUAAGUCACAUUAUUAUUUUUUUUUUGAUUAUAACACGAUAGAUCUCAUUUAUGACAUAGCUUGCAGGCAAGUGUUUACUCUUGCCAAUCUUCUCCAUUGAAAAACAAAAACAUGCUAAGAUAUAAAUCUCAUAUUUAGAAUUACUCAUUACUUUAAGUCCAGUAGCUGAGGCUGUUUCUCAUUGCAAAAUAUUUUUGUUUUGAACGUGUUUUAAAUUUUUGCUUUUGUUAUUGCUUAGAAUGUGUAUACAAAAGCAAAAUACAGCUGGAGGCAAACAUCUGGUGCACUGCCAAAGGCACGCUGAAUAUGAAGUAAUAGAAGCAAUAUAACUCGACACUGAGGAUUAUAACAUAGCAACCUUGGGUUUGGAUGUGUUUGUUAUUGUUUUCCUCCAAGGAUUAGUUAGGGAGAUUCUAAAAUAGUAGCUCUCAGAUUUUGUUCAUCUGUUUCAGAAAGAUGUAUACUCCUCCAAUAUUUUUAAAAGAGUAUUAUUUUUUAUAGUUGUGUUUCAUUUAUGAUCUGAAAUUAAUUCAAUUCACUUUAAACAAUUAUUAUUUGGUAAGGUGUUUUGUUUUCUUUUUUAUUUCUUUAUGUGCAUGUUCCAAAAAAAUCCUGUUCAUUUACAAAUAUGGGUGCUGAUCCAUGAACUAAUGGCUGACAUUUCAGUUGUAUUAUAUUUCUUUCCUUUAAAUUGUCAUAAACUAUCUGAUAUGAAAAGGGAUGUUAAUUUAUUUCUGCUACCAGUGAAGUAGGCUUUUUUUUUUUUUUUUUUUUUUUUUCCCUCUAGAACAGCUGACUUCUGUUCAAUAAAGAAUUCUUAAUUGGAGAGAUAAGUGCAUAAGUAAUGCUGGCCAGAAUAACUCCUAGUUAUUCUAGUUUCUAAUGCCUGGUUCACAUUGUCUCUUUCCCAAUCACUCCAUAGUCUGUUGCUCUUGCACAUGUAUCACUACCUUAUUUUGAAAAUGUUAACUAAUUUGAGUAAUGCAGAACUAAACAAAUUUAGCCCUGAUUUCUUUCUCCCCUUUUUAAGGCUGAAAAAAUCUGCUUUCAUACAGGAAAUUUUGAGAGCGAUAAAAGAGAGAUUGGAUUACAACACUGACAAAACAUGAGUCGAAAGGAAUGUAGAACUGUUUAGCAAGAAGGACAAUUUCCUUGCAGUGAGGAGGAAUAACCCUUGUGUCAUAUUUCUCUUUGACUGGAGCAUGCUAAUCUAAGAAAAAAAUAGAGCAUACUAAAAAAACACGCACACACAAAAAAAAAACAAAAAGAAAACAAAAAAAAAAAACAUAAGACUACACCUGUGCGGUGUCAAGAGUUGGACUUGAUGAUCCUUAAGGGUCCCUUCCAACUCAGGAUAUUCUAUGAUUCUAUGAUUCUAUGAUAAUUUUCUAACCUCCCCAAUGGAUUGUUACCUAUAUAUUCUAUUUUAAAGAAAUGAGACCUGUAGAUGGCUGACUAGAUAGUGCCUAGUGUUGUGUCAUCUUUUCAGUCAUGAAGUAUGAGGAGAGGAAAGAAGAAAAUGGCCUUAUUUCUUCCCUCUAAAAAGAAAGAAUUCUGGACAGUGCAAAGAAUAAAAGGAUAUGCCUUCCUUUAUGUAGCCCUUUCAUAGGCCAUUACAUUGGGAAGCUGAGCACUCCCUACCUCUAUAAAGAAGAUUUUCAUAUAAUGGUCAGUCUUCUAACAAGGUAUAUUGAAAAUAAAGAGAGUUAAAUAUUUAAACCAUUUAAACUCUACAGUAUUGGUGAAACUUUUUUUUUUAUUAUUAUUAUUAUUAUUUAGUAAUCAGUUAAUACCCAAAGUAUUUCAAACAGAGGGGGAAAGUAAAAAUGGUUCCAUAAUGAUGUUUUCAAAUGUACAGAACAUUUGGCAUAUCAUCCUGCUGUUCUAGGUAAGUAAAUGUUUUCCACUUUGAUGUGAUUGAACCAAGGUCUUUCCUGUGCUGAUGGUUUUGAAUUAUUUUUUUCUGGAAUCAUAACAUUUGCCAAGGUAACAGAAGCCUCUGCAGUCCACUAAAUAAUGUGUUUAUCAAAAGAAAUUUAAACUUCAUUUUGAUUAUUCCUAAAUUAUUUAGUGUUAAGUCACAUGGCAAAGAAAGAGAGAAAUGUCAGUCGAGAUUCUAAGAAAACUCAAGGUGAGAAUGUCUACUUAUUCACCACUGACUAUGGGAAAAGCCUAAAAAUGCCAAUAGGCAUGCCAGCCCUCUAUACAAAGCUGGAACCAACAGUUACCGUCAUCAGUUAAAAUUAGUGUGGGAGCUGAUUCUUUUGUAACUGUACAGUAAAAUAGCAGGGAAUUAGAUUACAAAGGGGCAGGAAUGGAAAGUGGUAUUUAUCUGACUGUGGUCUAAUACAAUCCUGCAAAAGAAAUAGUGGAGAGGCAGAAACAGAAUCAAGGAAACGAUACUUAAAGGAGAUGGUAUCUAGUAGGUCUUCUCCUACAUCUAAAAUAGACCACAUUCAUCAGGCUGAAGUAGAUAGCUACCUCAUCUCACUAUAACUAAACCUAGUCUCUCCAGAGUAAAGGCCCUUAGCAAAGCCAUACAAGAAGGCUUCCUGUAUGCACAACCCCUACCUGACAGGCAACAGCCAACACAGCUUUGCCCCCAGCAAUUAUUCACAAUAAGUACAGACUCUGCACUGUUCAGGUCAUAUUUCUGUGGACUCUAUAGACUAAUUCUAAUUUUCAAAAAUAAAAUAGUGGCUCUAGAAUAUCCAUGCAAUGCAAUGAAAUCAGAGGAAAAAAAAAAAUGAGGAUUUGGAGGAAUUCCACAGCUAAAGAGCUGGCACCGGUCACCAAAAAGGGGAAAGAAGGAAAUAUGAAGCCUCCAUUACCAAUAGGUAUACUACUACAGGUGGAAGCAGUAGGGCAAGGAUUUAUGCAAUAUAUUUCUUCUCAUGGAAUAGUAGUUUCUACCUGUGCAGAUGGAGAACUGAUUUCCACACCAUAUGCUUUCUUAAUGGAAAGAUGAGCAGAGCAGGAAGGUACAUGAGAAAAAGCCUGGGCUGUACAUAGCAUAACAGACAGAGAGAAAGCCCAUAGUAUUUGGAAUUUCACAUGUGACUGUCUUUUCUUCCUGUACUGGAAGAAAUGUGGCCAAAACCAUCUUCCCCUUAGUAAGGCCAGAAACUUCAUGUCCUUGAGAGGGGAUAAGAAAGGUCCCACAGAGGUGGAAUAGAUAUACUCAGCUACCACAGGCCUUGACUAGUGACCUACAUUACCAAACUCCUGCUUAAACUCCACAUAGCAAAAUGUUUUUUUGGUUUUUUGUUUUUUUUUUCUAAAACUAUAUCCAAAUAUCAACAAAAUAGAUUUACAUAGAGGGUUGGCUUUUUUGUCUAUAAAGGUAAUAAAGUAGGGGAGGCUUGAGGGAGAAAGGAAAGAAGGGAUAAUAGUGUUUUAUUAUUACAAUUUAGCUAUUUGAACAUCAAAAUAAAGCACAUUUUUUCUUUCAACGAGUUUUGACAGCAAGCACUAUUAUUUAAGCAGGUUAGUGGAAUUCAGGAAGAACAUGGGAUUUAAUUAUUACUUCAGUUCAAUAAUAUAAUGAUUUUCUUUGGAUUCUUUUUAUUAGUGUUGAUUCCAUAACUUUUUUAUAAACUAUUUUAUAAAGAAUCCUUUGUGAUGUUUGAGAGGUGAUUCUCCUUAAUCACUAGAAAGUCAUAUAUUUAGAUGUGCACUUUACAUUUAAAGAAUGAGGUAUUGUUUCCACUUUGUAUUAUAACCUGUUAGAGAAUUGUAGGUUGAUACUGUAGAUAGAAACAGAAUAAGAUAAACUGUAUAAAACCUUAUAUUUUUAACAGUAGGGAAAGUCUUCCUUAAACUUAAAAAAAAAUAAUAUUAAAUGUAUUAUUUUUAGCAAUAAUUUUAUAUUAGAAAUGAAAUUAUUUAUACAGUUCCCAGCCCAAGCUGAGAUACUUUGUUGCAAAAAGUAAAUAUAUUUUAUGUGCAACUUCUGCUCUCCUUUGAGCUAUAAUAGGAAUUAAUCCAAUCCAACAGAGCAGAAUUUGGCCUUAUACUGUGAAAUUGCUGAAUGAGCUAUUAAUUCUUGCAGUACCCCUGUAAGGUAGUAAAAUAACUUUAUCCACAUCUCACUGUACAAUCAAAUGGCUAUUUAGAUAAGAACAAUAUCAGACCAUCAUGGCUUUUUUCCUUUUUGAGACAACUAAGAAGUAAAACUAUCAAUCGCAAACUAAGCCACUUGUUAAUAAUAAAAUAGAUAUUCUAUUUUUCAGUGGUUAUGGAAAAGGUGCCUUCAGGCAACACACGUCACCUAUAGAAGUUACUGAAAUAUUAUCAGUUUGGAAGGCUUGUGGAAGCAGGUUAGAUUGCUAGAAGCAGUGGGUUAAAUGCCAGGAAAAUGUUGGCUCAUCCUGUAUUCUUGACUUUCUUAAAUAUUACUGCACUUCUUCACUUUCAUCUUUGUGAAAUAUGCAAGAAACUUUUCUUAUGUUUGUAUUUUUAGUGUUUGGCAGAGUGAUGUUAAUGGAUGAAAUGGACUAAUAGCAACUGAUGUUCCAUGAAUGUGUAAUUGUGAGCUGUAUAAAAAAAGAAAUUGUGCCAUAAGCUUUUGACCUAAAGGUUUAACAUAAUAUACAGUAUUUUGUGUGUUCGUGAUCGGAGCUUUUUAAAGGCUAAAAAAAAAAAAUAAAAAAAAAGUAUUACUAACUUGUCUGUGAGUUUUAAACAUAUUCUCCUGUGAAUUCUGUCUAGAUAACAUUCACUGGCAAUUUCAUCUCAAAGUACUUCCUUUUUAGUAAAAAUCUGUAAAUGUGUUGUGCAUGGAUUUGAUUAAAGUACUUUUUAUUGUAUUUCAGUAUCAUAUUGCACUUAAACUGAUAUUCUCUGCAGAUGGGAAUCUUAAAACGUGAAAUUUAUGGUGUCACCCAUGUUAUUAUAUAUAUUUUCCUCAAAAAUAAUAAACAACUUCUUUUCAUAAACCA